AUGGCCAAUCACCCCCUCAAGUGCUUCUCAGGAAUGCAAAAGUGGAAGCUGGAUGCGAAACUCUUGCUUUAUCCAUACAGUACUUUGGUUAUUGGCAUGCACUUCGUUACGGAGUGGCGUAUCGACAUGAGGCAACUCGUGCGGAGGUCUGAAACCUGGGAGCGGCCUCUAGCUGUCCAAGUUCAGCCCCGCCGUGAGCGCGUCAUCGCUCUGUACAAAUACCCUCUGCUUCUCUUCCUCUUCUACUUUUUAAAUCUCCACUUCCUUUUAAUAUCCAGCUUCUUCUUCCACGAAGCUCUAACACAAGUCAAUCACGCCGACGAUAUCCAAGCCAAAGCAUUUGAGCGGCACAUCCCCAUCAACUUCCAGCCAACUAAUAUGAUGAUCGAUCCAGCUCAGGCCAUCGAGGCCUUCAAAGGACAUACCUCAUCCCUGCUCGUCCCUACAAGUACGGCCAGGCCAACACCGACUCCACUUCCCACCGUUCGACCAGGGCCUCCCAUCUAUCAUGAGAAAGUGGGCGAGACGGGAACCAGGACUCUCUGGGUUAUAUUUGCUCUCAUGCUGCUCUCGACCCUCGCCUUAACAGGCAUGGCAUGGCGAGUUCCAGUGCAAAAACGGGUAUUCCACGUCUUGACAACGUUUAUUACAGUCGUCGGAACUAUCUCCUACUUCGCCAUGGCCACUGGUGACGGGAACUCAUUUAGCAAGAUCAUACUCCACGAAUCGCACAAGCAUGUCCCCGAUACUAUAGAAUUCGUCUACCGCCAAAUAUUCUGGGCACGUUAUAUAGACUGGGCUAUAACCACGCCUCUCAUCCUCCUCAACCUUGCGCUCCUCGCCGGCAUGGACGGAGCUAGCAUCGUCGUUACCAUCGCUGCAAACAUCCUCAUGAACCUCUUAGGCCUGUUCGCCGCUUUCGGGGUCACCAGAAGCCAGAAAUGUGGAUACUUCACCUUCGCCAUCGUGGCUUAUCUUGUCGUAGUGUACCAGCUCGUCAUAUCUGGACGCCGCGCUGUUAGUUCUAAGGAUAGUAAGACGGGCAAGUUGUUCGCGAGUCUUGGUGGCUAUGUCUUAAUCCUAUGGAUAUUGUAUCCCAUCGUAUGGGCUAUUGGCGAUGGAGCAAGGAAAUGGUCCGUUGAUACGGAGAUCGUUGCAUAUGCUGUUUUGGAUAUUUUGGUUAAGCCUGUGUUUGGAUUUUGGCUUUUGUGGGCUAAUGCUGCUGGAGAGACGCUGAGUUUCGAUGGUUGGUGGAGUCGGGGAGCGGACGGUGAGGGCUCGAUUCGCAUCGCUGAUGAUGGGGCGUAA